UCAGCCCCGGGCCCCGCUCACGGCGGGGGCGGCUCCGAACCGGCACCGGUACCGGGGACACCCCCGGGACUGCGGGGGGGACACCCCGGGGGGGGUUCGGUACCGAUUUAAACCGGGGAGGGGGCUCCGGAACCGAUUUAAACCGGGGUGGGGGCUCCGGUAAAACCGGUACCGGGUCUUGAUCACAUCCCCGGGGGGGUUCGGUACCGAUUUAAACCGGGGUGGGGGCUCUGGUAAAACCGGUACCGGGUUUAGUGACACCCACGGGGGGGUCCCGGUACCGAUUUAAAACCGGAGCCGGUUCCCGGUGCCACCUUUGGGGGGGGGGGGUGGCGGUGACAUCCCCGGUUUUGGGUGACACCCCCGGUUCCCGGUACCGCGUUUUUAAGGCGGGGGGGGGGAGGUUCCGAUCGAGCCGGUGCCGGUUCCCGGUUCCAUCCCCGGUUCCCGGUUCCCUCCCCGGUUCCAUCCCCGCAUUUUUAACCCGGAGCCGGUUCCGGUGUUACCGGGAGGGGGAGAUAACGGGGACACCGCCAGUUCUCGGUUCCCGGUGCCGUUCCCGGUUCCCGGUUCCGCAUUUUUAAAGCGGAUCCGUUCCCAUCGAGCCCCCCCCCCGGUUCCCGGUGGUACCGGAGCCGAUUUUUCGGUGCCACCCCCACCCCUCGUUACCGCAUUUCCACCUCGGGGAUCUCUCCCGGUACCACCCCCCCUCCCGGUAUUACCGGAGCUUUUUUCCCGGUCCCACCCCGGUUUUUUUUUCCGGUACCGCAAUCCCGGUACCACCCCCUCCCUUUUUAAAAUUUUUAAAUUAUUUUUUUAUAUUUUUUCCCAUUCUCGCCGGUAUUACCGGAGCAUUUUUCCCGGUACCACCCCCGGUUUUUUUUUCCGGUACCACCCCCACUCCCCCUGGCAAUCCCGGUACCACCCCCCCCCUUUUUUUAAAUUUUUUUGGGAUUUUUUUGGGUUUUUUUUAAUUUUUUUUCCCCUUCUCCCCGGUAUUACCGGGGGGGGGUUGGGUGAUGGGCUCGGGGCGCUGCCGGUGGCGCUCCCGGUGACAAUGACGGUGCCGCUGCUGAAAAUCGGGGCCGUGCUCAGCACCAUGGCCAUGGUCACCAACUGGAUGUCCCAAACCCUCCCGUCCCUCGUGGGGCUCAACGGCACCGCCGUGUCCCGCGCCGGCACCUCGGAAAAAAUCACCCUGUUCCAGAGCCCUGACGAGGGCUGGCAGGUGCUGACGUCGGCGCAGGCCCCGGACGGGAAAUGUUUGUGCACGGCCGUGAUCCCGGUGCAGGGAAACUGUGCCAGGGAUUCCCGCUCCCUGCAGCUCAGACAGCUCCUGGAAAAGGUGCAGAACAUCUCCCAGUCCAUGGAACUCCUGGAUCUCCGCACGUUCCGGGACCUGCAGUACGUGCGGAACACGGAGUCGCUGCUCUCGGCGCUGGAGCUGCGGCUCCGCGCGGCCUCCGAGGGGCCCCGGGGGCUCAACGCCCGCAGCUUCCAGGACCUGCAGGAGCGGAUGCGCGCGCUGCGGCCGCUGCCGCCGGUGCUGGAGCAGUACCGCUCCGACUCGCGCCUCAUCGAGCACCUCCGCGCCGAGGUCGGGAACCUCUCGGGGCUGCUGCACAGAAUCCAGGAGGAGCUCGGAGCCUUCGACUACGAGGAGCUGCAGCAGCGAGUGCGGCUGCUGGAGGAGCGGCUGCACGCCUGCCUGCAGAAACUGGGCUGUGGGAAGCUGACGGGGGUGUCCAACCCAAUCACCAUCCGCGCCUCGGGAUCGCGCUUCGGCUCCUGGAUGAGCGACACGAUGACGCCGAGCGCCGACAACCGGGUGUGGUACAUGGACGGUUACUACAAAGGCCGCCGCGUGCUGGAGUUCCGCAGCCUCACCGACUUCAUCAGCGGCCAAAACUUCGUCCAGCACCUCCUGCCCCACCCCUGGGCCGGCACCGGCCACGUCGUCUUCAACGGCUCCUUGUACUACAACAAAUUCCAGAGCAACGUGGCGGUGCGUUAUCACUUCCGAUCGCGCAGCGUCCUGGUGCAGCGCAGCCUCGCCGGCGCCGGCUACAACAACACCUUCCCCUACUCCUGGGGCGGCUUCUCCGACAUCGACUUCAUGGUGGACGAGAACGGCCUUUGGGUGGUCUACACCACCAACCAGAACGCCGGCAACAUCGUGGUGAGCCGCGUGGAUCCGCAGACCUUGGAGGUGUUGAGGAGUUGGGAUACGGGCUACCCCAAGCGCAGCGCCGGCGAGUCCUUCAUGAUCUGCGGCGUGCUCUACGUCACCAACUCGCACCUGGCCGGCGCCAAGAUUUAUUUCGCGUAUCACACCAACACCUCCAGCUACGAGUACACCGACAUCCCCUUCCACAAUCAAUAUUCGCACAUCUCCAUGCUGGACUACAACCCCCGCGAGAGGGUUCUCUACACCUGGAACAACGGCCACCAGGUCAUCUACAACGUCACGCUCUUCCACGUCAUCAACACGGCCGGGGAGCUCUGAUGGACGUUCCCAAAGAGGGCACCACUCACAAUUCCUGGCAGUUUUUUUGGGAUUUUGUUUGGGUUUUUGUUUUGUUCUGACGCUUCCGCGCUUCUCCUCUCCCAGAUGGAAAUUCCCAAGGUGGAAAUUCCCGUUUCUUGGCGCGUGCCGAGCUCGAAUUCGGUUUUUUUGGUCGUUAUUUCGCUCCUGGGUUGGGUUUUUCCAAGUUUUUUCCUUCCCUCUUUUCAUCCUUUUUUCUGUUUUUCCCUUUUUUCCCCCCAUUUUUCCUCCUUUC